AUGAAAUUCGGCGACUACAACUUGAGUGUAGCUAAGCUCAUUCGUGGUAAGAAGAGUUCGUUUUCCCAUUCCCGCAGGAAUCAAUGGAUCCCUGACAUCCAGAAAUCACACUUCUCUCCACCUUUCGACUUUCCAUCGAUCCAGAUGAGCGGAAUAUUGGUGAGAUUGGGCAUGGUGAUAAUCUCCAUGGUUGUUGCCAGCGUUUUGGUCUAUCGAUUGAAUUAUUCGUCCCGCGAAUCAAGCGGCAGAGUUUGGAACGGGGUGGAGGCCCAGAAUGAGAGUUCACUGAACGAAGACCUCUGCGACAUCCUGGGGUUCAUACCGCUGGAUGAGGUGAACGAUAUUCUGGAAUGCUUCGUGAAACACGACAAGCAAAUCGGCGACGUGACCGUCGGCUACAUAAACGAUCAUUGGAUGUACAUCGCCCGAGAAUUCAAACGGAUGCCGGAAUUUCAGAGGGCUGUAAGUUUCCUCGAGAAUAACGGUCUGGACGUGGAGUAUUGGCGCAACAAAAUCGUGCAAUUCUGGACGAACAUUCCCACGUACGUCAAUAACGACACGUCCCUGGCCUGCGGCGGUCUUUCAACGAUGAUGAACAAAGUCGUGAGAAUCAUCCCCCAGGCUGAGAUGCACGAAUUUCUCUGCCAGAAAUUACGAUACUCGUCUAGCUUCAGAGCAUUUUUGGAAAUGUUGCGUUCACCGAACUUCGAGGAACUCUGCGACGCGAUUGAGAGCAGCAAGGUGUUGCAACGGCACUACUUCUGGGCAAACGACGACGGCAUCGAAGUCAUCUUUGCUGUGGAAUUGCUCAAGAACUUGUACAUGUAUUUGGCGGACCGCCGGAUUCACAUCCUCAUCAUACAACUGUUUUCGCAGUCUCCAGAAAAGAUGAAGCUGACCAUUGUAUUCCUUGCUAUCCUCGGCGUCUCAACCGCCGCAGUCUUGCCUGCUGCUAAGACUUUCGACCGCUCCACCAGGAGCCUCAGCGAUGACUGGGCUGAGUUUAGUGCUUUGAUGCCCUGGGAUGAGAUCGUUGAAAUUGUAACCCAGUACGUCGCUGAAGACGCAGAGGUCCAGUCCGUCAUCGCGUACCUUCAUUCCGACGACUUCAAGGCGCUUGUUGAAGCAGUCAUUAGUAAUUCCGAAUACAUCGCGUUCCUGGACUACCUUGAUGCUGCUGGACUCGACGUUUACACCUACGUUAACAUCUGGCGUAAUUGGCUAGGAAUCGACACGUCCAGGGUAUUGAGAACCCGUUUCGCAUCCAGCCGCAUCACUGGAGGAGUAGCUGGACUCAUCGCUGAUAUCAGGGCCAUCCUUCCCACCGACGAAAUCAAAGCUCUGUAUUACGACAAACUUGAAACUUCUGAAGAUUUUGCGCAACUGAUUGCUCAUCUCGGCUCUGACGAGGCCCAGGAACUUUACGCUGCACUUAAGGCUAACGAAGAGUACCAACACAUCCGCGCGGCUCUGGUAGCGUAUGGACUCGACAUCGACAGUUUUGUCGACUUCCUGAAGUCUAUCGUUGGUCUCGCCGACAAGAUGAAGCUUUCAAUUCUGUUCCUCGCUUUUGUCGGUGUGGCUACCGCCGCAUCUCUGCCAGCACCCAAGGUACUGAACCGUUCCACUCGGGACCUCAGCGAUGACUUCCAGGACUUUCUUGCCCUGAUCCCCGUCGAUGACGUAGUUGCAAUCGUAAUCGAGUACUUGGCCGAGGACGAGGAAGUUCAGAAUGUAGUGGAAUACAUACAAAGCGAUGAUUUCGCGAACUUGAUCCUUGCCGUCGAUGCCAUCCCCGAAUACAUCGCUUUCCUGGACUACCUUAAUAGUGCCGGACUCGACGUUUACACCUACGUCAAUCUCCUCCACAGUUGGUUGGGACUCGACGAGCUCGAGGUACCGAGCACCCGUCUGGUAUCCAGCCGCAUCACUGGAGGAGUAGCUGGACUCCUCGCCGAUAUCAUAGCUGUUCUUCCCACCGACGAAAUCAAAGCACUGUAUUACGAAAAACUUGAGUCUUCUGAAGAUUUUGCCGCACUGGUUAGUCUUCUCGGCUCUGAGGAGGCCCAGACAGUUUACGCUGCACUUAAGGCUAACGAAGAGUACCAACACAUCCGCGAGACUCUGGAAGAGUAUGGACUUGACAUCGACGCCAUUGUCGAACUCUUGAAGACAAUUGUUGGUCUCGCCUAAGUGCUCGUUACAACAUGCUUGCUAUUGCAAAACUCGAAGAAAUGGUUGUCAAUGUCGAUGAAAUCUCCACCUUCUUCAGAUCUUCAGUUGAUGCUGCAUAAAUCUUUGACUUGAAGGUCUUCCGUAAUGCUUCGGUUAUUAUUAUACCAACGAUUAUUCCGAAGCGAUGUUUCAUCAUACUGUAAACCAGUUCCUUAAAACGCGCUUGUAACCUACAGUUUCGAAUCUAUAAUAAAGCGUCUUGAUUAACAUA